GGUCACCACAGCUCCAGCUAAACUCCAAGAGGAGAGAGAGAGAGAGAGAGAUUCAAUUAUAUGCAGAAAGGUGAAAAGAGCUAAUUGGUUCUCUUUCUCUUUCUCCCUGAUUGAUCCAGCGAUCCAUUCAUUCGUCUUGCUGGCUCUGUUUCCGCGGGAACCCCUUCUUCUUCGUUGACCUUGUUCGAUUCGGCAAGGGAUCCACGGAUAUGGCGAUUCUCUACGCACUCGUCGCUCGUGGUACGGUGGUUCUCUCGGAGUUCACCGCCACGACUACGAAUGCCAGCGCCAUCGCCAAACAGAUCCUCGAGAAGGUCCCUGGAAACAACGACAGCAACGUCUCCUACUCUCAGGAUCGCUACGUCUUCCACGUUAAGCGCACCGAUGGCCUCACCGUUCUCUGUAUGGCUGAAGAAACCGCCGGAAGAAGGAUUCCUUUUGCCUUUCUUGAGGAUAUUCACCAGAGGUUUGUAAGGACUUAUGGCAGGGCUGUUCACACAGCACAAGCUUAUGCCAUGAAUGAGGAAUUCUCAAGAGUUCUCAGUCAGCAGAUUGAGUAUUACUCUAAUGAUCCUAAUGCAGAUAGGAUCAAUCGGAUUAAGGGGGAAAUGAAUCAGGUGCGGGGUGUCAUGAUAGAGAACAUUGACAAAGUUCUAGAUAGAGGUGAACGCUUGGAGCUUCUUGUCGAUAAAACCGCCAAUAUGCAGGGAAAUACAUUCCGUUUCAGAAAGCAAGCUCGUCGUUUCAGAAGCAACGUCUGGUGGAGAAAUUGCAAGCUCACGGUUCUCUUAAUACUACUACUACUGGUGAUCAUAUACAUAGGCGUGGCCUUUCUCUGCCAUGGACCUACACUACCAUCUUGCAUUUAAGUGCAUCUGUCUCUUAAGGAAGGAGUCCAUCCCGGUUCUGUGUGUUGCCAAAAAGAAUUUCUCUUCAUGUGAUUAUAAACCUCCUGUUUCCCCGAGCUUUUUCAUGUGGCUUGAAAAGCUUAUGUUUGCAACUCACUUAUAUGAAGUAUUCUUAUAUAUAGAGCAAUGUAAAAGCUCAUUGCUUUGCAAGCUGUGUGAAUUUUUGUUGUCAUCACGUUCUAUAAAUUAUAUACAUAGUGGAAAGUGAAAAGGCUUGUUUUGUCUUGA